CCCAGAUACAAAGCCCGAAUUCUAAAACCCUUGUCUUCAUCUUCUCAGGCAAAAUCUCCGAUUCACCCCCACACACUGAAUCGAUCUCCGAUAAUCUUUCAACCAGUUUGUAUGAAAAAGCGUUGAUAAUUGGAGGCUUCCAUAGAGGAAAGUAUGCAGAGAUCCUCUAGAAUCUUAUCUCGAUUUCUGGCUUCAAAUCGAGGUUAUUGCACAUCAUCAAAAGGAUCUGAAAAUGAUAAGAUCGUAGCGUCCGUUCUGUUUGAGAGGCUUCCGGUUGUUAUUCCUAAAAUCGACCCCGUCGUCUACGGUUUUCAAGAAUUCUCCUUUCGUUGGAGACAGCAGUUUCGUCGUGCAUACCCUGAAGAAUUUCUUAAAAAAUCUGAUGCUAGGGGUAAGGGUGAAUACCACAUUGAUUUCGUACCAGCUCCUAGGAUCACAGAAGCUGACAAAACCAAUGAUAAAAGGUCACUGCAAAGAGCUCUUGAUAGAAGGCUAUAUCUUCUUCUUUAUGGUGAUGCAUAUGGUAGUCCAAAAGGGCAGCCUGUAUGGCACUUUCCUGAAAAAGUUUACAAGUCUGAAGAGACCUUACGUAAGUGUGCAGAAUCUGCACUAGAAUCUGUUAUUGGAGACUUAUCUCAUACAUACUUUGUUGGAAAUGCUCCAAUGGGUCAUAUUGCAAUGCCACCAUCUGAGAAAAAUAAGGAUAAUUCAUCUUUUAAGAGGUUUUUCUUUAAAUCUCAAGUGAUUGCAACAAAUAAGUUGGAUAUCAAAAGCAAGGAUUUUGUGUGGGUAACAAAGGACGAGUUGUUGGAGUACUUUCCUGAGCAUAGCGAAUACCUGACGAGAAUGAUCAUCAGCUAGCUGAAUCCAAGGGUCCAGAUUGUUCCAAGUCAAAGAUUUUUAAACAGUGCAAUAAUUUGGUUGAAAUUCAUGCUCAGAAUCAAUUCAUAUGCAUGUGUUUUUAGUUGUAGGUUUGUAUUUUUGAAACUGCAUGAAUUAUGUACGGCAUUAGAGGAUCCAAAACCCGGGUUUUUGUUUUGAUGCGAAAGAAUGUUGAAAUAUAGCCACUGUAUCCGUUUUCUAAGAUUAUCUGUUAUAUUCAAGUCAA